AUGACGAAGAAAAUGUCGGCAAUUGGCCACUACAAGAGCAGUUCGGGAACCGUCACUACUGCCGGAAUGAGCGGCUUUUCUGGUGGCGGUUCCUCGGAGAGGGAGCAGAACGCAUCAGGCACAUCGUCGCAGCUGAAAAUGCAGCAAGACAUGUGCGGUGGUGGCAAAGGGCCGUUCAAGGAACAGAGUCAUCACCAUCAUUCGCACCAUUCGCACCAUAAUCAUCAUCAUCCGCAGCAGCAUCGGCAGCAGUUGACCAGCAAGCCUCGCGAUAAACACACCGUGCACUGGUUCCGGAAGGGCCUACGACUACACGACAAUCCCGCCCUAAGGGAGGGACUGCGCGGGGCCACGACAUUCCGAUGCGUGUUCAUCAUUGACCCUUGGUUCGCCGGCAGCUCUAAUGUUGGCAUCAACAAAUGGCGAUUUCUACUACAAUGCUUGGACGAUCUGGAUCGUAACCUGCGAAAGCUCAAUUCCCGACUUUUCGUCAUCCGUGGCCAGCCUGCAGACGCUCUACCAAAGCUCUUCAAAGAAUGGGACACUACCUGCCUUACGUUUGAGGAGGAUCCCGAACCGUUCGGUCGCGUGCGUGAUCACAACAUCUCGGAAAUGUGCAAAGAACUCGGCAUCGAAGUCAUCUCAGCCGCCUCGCAUACGUUGUACAAUCUGGAAAGAAUUAUCGAAAAGAAUGGAGGCCGAGCACCGUUGACGUACCAUCAGUUCCAGGCCAUCAUUGCCUCGAUGGAUGCGCCACCACCGCCCGAAACCACCAUCACGCUGGAAGUGAUCGGAAACGCUACCACGCCGCAGUACGACGAUCACGACGACAAGUACGGUGUACCGACGCUGGAAGAGCUCGGCUUCGAAACGGAAGCGCUACGACCGCCAGUCUGGAUCGGUGGUGAAACGGAAGCGCUGGCUCGCCUCGAACGCCACCUCGAGCGGAAGGCGUGGGUUGCCUCGUUCGGGCGUCCCAAGAUGACGCCGCAAUCGUUGCUCGCCAGUCAGACGGGUCUGUCGCCGUACCUGCGCUUCGGGUGUCUCAGUACGCGUCUGUUCUACUACCAGCUGACCGAUCUGUACAAGAAGAUCAAAAAGGCCUGCCCACCCCUGUCACUGCACGGGCAGCUGCUGUGGCGCGAGUUUUUCUACUGCGCUGCCACUAAGAACCCUACCUUCGACAAGAUGGCCGGCAACCCGAUCUGCGUGCAGAUUCCGUGGGAUCGCAAUGCGGAGGCACUGGCGAAGUGGGCUAGCGGGCAGACGGGUUUCCCGUGGAUCGACGCGAUCAUGACGCAGCUGCGGGAGGAAGGAUGGAUCCAUCAUCUGGCGCGUCACGCCGUCGCCUGCUUCCUAACGCGGGGCGACCUAUGGAUCUCGUGGGAAGAGGGGAUGAAGGUGUUCGAGGAGCUGCUGCUCGAUGCGGACUGGUCAGUGAACGCCGGCAUGUGGAUGUGGCUGUCGUGUUCUUCCUUUUUCCAGCAGUUUUUCCACUGCUAUUGUCCGGUCAAAUUCGGUCGCAAAGCUGACCCAAACGGAGACUACAUUCGGCGGUAUCUGCCGGUGCUAAAGAACUUUCCCACGCGCUUCAUCCACGAGCCCUGGAACGCUUCGGAGAGUGUGCAGCGGGCGGCAAAGUGUCUGGUAGGCAAGGACUAUCCGCUGCCAAUGGUGAACCAUGCGAUUGCAUCCCGCGCCAACAUGGAGCGCAUCAAGCAGGUGUACCAGCACCUGGCAAAGUAUCGCACACCGACUGGACCCACCUGCUACGAGAGCGCUGAGGGUGCCGAAAGGGGUGGGUCGGCAAUUGCGGGCGUAAUGACGGCGGCCAAGGUGCACCACAUGAACACCAGCAGCAUGAACGACAGCCCGAGCCCCACCACCAUCCUGACGAGCGUGAACAGCUCGGGAAACUACAUGUGCCGUAGUAAUCCAUCCGCUCAAAGCGAUCCCAACGUGAAGGUACUGAACUAUCUUCCGUCACAUGGUGAUCCCAGUCCUGGUGGUGGUGGUGAUGGGCGCACCAAACAGGGCGGCAACACCGUUGAAGGUGGAACUGGUGGAGCUGGUGGUAGUGCCGAUGAGAAAAGAGUCUCCGAUGGAAUGGAAAAUCAUAAUCAUCUGGCACAUUCUAUGCAGAGUAAUGUCCUGCAGCAUCAACAGCAGCGGCAACAGCAUAGACACCAACAGCAGCAGCAGCAGGAGCAGCAACAACACGAGCUGCAAGCCCAACGGAUGCAAGAAAACGCAAGGCCACAUCAGACCAGUGAGCACCGGUUCGGGGAACCGUCGGUAGCGGAAUACGCCGCGAUCAAACCGGAUAGUCUAAGCUCGCUUAUCCGGGCUGGGAGCCUGGGAAAUGCAACCGGUCGCUAUUCUAACCUCCAGGAUCAGCUGAGCAACAGCCUGAUGUCUCUCGAGUGCGACGUGAUGGCGGCAAAACUGAAACCCAACAAUUACGAGUACGAGCGCAACCACAAUAUGUACAACAACCAGUUCAAGGUGGAGUACAGCGACAACUUUAACUCGGGUUAUGGUCUGCGCAAUGCGGUAUUCUACGGUGGCAAGCGAGAGGACGAAGGCGGUGAGGAACAGAACGGUGACACUGUUACCGAUAGUGUCAACAACAAUAACAAUAACAAUAAUAACAUCAACUCUACCGAAGGACGAAACAUUGAUGCCGAGCAAGAGCAAGGGCAGGCACGAGCCGAAUCCCUCGGUACUCGACUGAUGGCUCUUACGGCAGUGUCUGCUCUGCAAGAUCCGACAACUGAACAUACUUCAGCUAGGACGCAGAUUAAGCAAGAGCCACCUGUACAAACUCAGGCCGACAAAUCUUACCACCGGCAACGGCAAGAAGCGCUUCAGCGGCAGCAGCAACCGGAAACCCGAAGCCAGUCGCAGUCGACACCAGUGAAGAACGAACAGCGCACCCCUCAGCUGCUGCCCUCUCCUGCGAUGCACACCGAUUGCGAUUACGAACCGGAAAGGCAUAAUUUACUGGCCGACAUUCAACGUCCACAGCACCUCCAACGGAAACCGAUGAUGCAGAGCCAGGUGGAGCCGACGCUAAUGGAGCAGGGUAACGAUCAACCGAUGUCCGAGGCACCGGCCAGUGAUGAUAAGCGUGGUGCAGCGGAUUAGUGACGCGAUACAAGUAUAGCGACCAUGUAUUUAAGCAUUUUUGUGGCAUCUUGAUGAUAAAAUUUGUGCAUUGUGAAAUAAAAUUUGAAAAAAAAAAACAAUAUACAACCGAGAAGAGUAAAACAACAUCCAAAGUUGAGGAUGAAAAAUGAAUCAAAAAUAAAGUAAUUCCUAUGCAAAUGUGAAACGUCCUGAAAUCGGAAGUGGAAGAUGGUUCAAACUGGUUGGAUUGCGUUUGAAACCAAACUCCAACGCACGGUCCUUUUGAGGGGUUACUUUUUUAUCUGUCAUUUGCACCUACAUGUGAAUUCGUAUUGCUUCGUGUGUAUGUAAACGCGCUUGGAACGAAUAUCGCAAAUAAAAAAGGAAAUAAAUUUUCUGCAUUCUGCCUAUAAA